UUAGUGCAGAGAGAGACUCAGCUUUUCUUUUCUUUUUCUUUGCAUGCCUGUCUCAAAAUGUUGAGCUAACUUCAUGAAUUCUCCUGUUUCAAAUUACGGAAUAAUGUUAACAAGUGCAGCUGAGAGAAUGUAGUAAAUUAGAACUCUCUUCAUUUGGGAGAAAGAAGAUGGUUCUCUUUUCUCCACUGAAUAUGUGUGAAUCCAAAGAGAAGGCUUUUUUCAAGUUAUUGCAUGGUUCAGGAAAAGAAGGAACAAGCAAAGAAACCAAAAUCAGAGCUAAGGACAAGAGAAACAGGCUGAGUCUUCUGGUGCAGAAAGCAGAGUUCCACGCGGACUGCCACCUCAAGAGACUAGGGCACCUGAGCAGAGACGCAAGAGUUCCCCCAGAAGAAGCAAAGAAAUGGGGUGAAUCAUUUGACCAGCUGCUUUCCCACAGAGAUGGAUUAGAAGCUUUCACCAGAUUUCUUAAAAAUGAAUUCAGUGAAGAAAACAUUGAAUUUUGGAUAGCUUGUGAAGAUUUCAAAAAAAUCAAGGAUCCUCAACAAAUCGCUCUUACAGCAAAAGCCAUAUUUGAGAAAUUUAUUCAGAAUGAUGCUCCACAAGAGGUUAACCUUGAUUUUCACACCAAAGAAGGCAUUUCCCAGAGCAUCGUCCAGCCCACCCUCCACAGUUUUGAUGCUGCACAGAGUAGAGUGUAUCAGCUCAUGGAACAAGACAGUUACACACGAUUUUUGAAAUCUGACAUCUAUUUAAGCUUGCUAGAAGGAAGACCUCGGAGACCAACAAAUCUUAGAAGACGAUCACGCUCGUUUACAUGCAGCGAAUUUCAAAACGUAAAAUCAGAUGUUGACAUUUGGUUAUAAAGAAAAUUGAGUUUGCUAUUUUGGUGACAAACUUGUAUGCAUCUGUUUCAAAGAUGUAACCUGUUUGUGCUAAGAAAUGAUUGCAUCUAAGAUAAGAGACAGGAUUUAAAAAUGUACAUCAAAACUUUAAUAUUAACCAACUGCAGUCAUCCAAUAUUUUCUGCAUAAUUCAUUUGAUGUCAUUCCAUUCAUAAUCAGAAAAAAAUAUUUCUUAUCUAAAAGGCUGUAAAGAAUAAUAAUGUUUUAUAAAGUUGCAAAGUUAAGUAGAGACUAAGCAUUCACGAAACUACAAAAUUUUAUCAUAUUUCAAGGCAAACAACAUAAUUCUUAGCUACCCAUAUAUUCAGGCUUCAUACUCCAAAAUGAUGCACGCCAAUUUUUUUUCUUCCUUUUGGUUAGUAAUCCUGUAUCAAAAAUUCCAACUUAUCACUUCAAGUUAGAAGUCAGCAAGGAGAACUAUAGUAUAAAGAAACUGCAAGUUAAGGGCCAACACUGUGGCACUGUGGCUUGAUGCACUGACGUAGCAUCAUGUAUGAGCUUUGCUUUAAAUCCUGUUUGCAUAUUUCUGAUCCAGCUCCCUGCUAAGCCUGGAAAAAGCAGUCAGUUAUGGCCCAA